AAAGGAUCGGGACGCGGUCAGUCACCACAACAUCGACCCCGUGAUGUCAGGGUAACCCCACCCCGGCCACUCAUUUCACGGAUUUUUUUUCACCUGAACAUCCCUGCCAACCUCCCUUGCACCUCGAGAGAAGGCGCAGCAGGGGAGGAGAAACUCAGGAGUGACAGCCGCCAGCACCGCCACCAUGAAGUGUCACCAGAUCCUCACCGGCGCGUGCAAUGCCGGCGACCGCUGCUUUGCUGUGGGCAGUGUGGAGGGGGUGCCUUUCACGGCAUACGCGGCAGGGUGCAACAUAGUGAUCCUGGCCAGCACCUUUGAGAGAGUUCAGGUAAUCCCCGGCGUUUGUCACAACAAUGUUCAGAUCUCCUGUGUUGACUGUUCCACCGACACGGGCAAGAUAGCAGCAGCGUACGGCAAGCUGGUGUGCGUCUUUGAGCCCACGCCACUCUCUCAGCCCCUCGGCACGCAUCGUCUGGACUACCGGUGGGUGCAGACGGGUGGCAUCGAGGCGGAGGGCUUCAUUAACACCCUGUCGUGGAAUGUGGAGGGCUCCCGGCUCCUUACUGCCGGGGACGUCCUGCAGAUGUGGGCCGCCCCCCUGCCCAAGUACCCAGAGGAAGACAACCCCCCUGGACCCGUGACCUUUGACCUGGGUGAUGAGGCAGAGACUGGGGGUGGCAGCAGUGGUGACGACAGCAGGUGGGUGUGUGUGUGGCGCUGCCUGACUGCAUCACCCACAGCGUUCCUCAGCUUCUCUCCUGAUGGGACCCUGUUUGCUACCGCUGCUGCGACUGAUAGGCUGGUGAAGGUGUGGUACGACAACAAGCAUGGUAAGUGGGGUUCUUCCUCCUCCCAUGCUUCCUCCUCCUACUCCUACAUCUACCUCCCCCAUCCCAGUGCUGUGAGGGGCUUCACCUGGAGGGCUACUAGUAAAUACAUGCCUAAGGGCAGCGUGAGCAACAUGCUUGUCACCUCAUGCCGAGACAACAUCAGCAGGGUGUGGGUGGAAACGGUGUUGCCAGAUGACGACCUGGUGUCACUCUUGCAACUUGACCCCGCAGCUGCUCAGAACCCGCGCUUCCACACCCACAGACACAAGCACCGGUUCCUGCAGCGGCUCAAGCAUAUGAAGGCCUGCUUCCAGAUGCGGCGCCAUGCCAAGGCUGGGGGGAACAUGGGGCUGGGAGGCCUGGUGGGGGGCGGGGGUGGGGGUGGCCGGCCCCUCCCCACCAUGCCCUCCUCGUAUUCCAUGCAUGAUUACCCCAUGUAUGGUGUUCACGCCAUGGGCAUCACCCCUGGCUUUCAGUUCCACCUAGCAGCCUCCAUCAAUGCAGAGACAGACAUCCCCUUGGUGCCCAGCUUGAGUGGGGUGGGGGUGGGCAGUGGGGGGGGUGGAGGGGAGGUGGAGCAGGGAUUCGUCAUUCACUGGCUCAACAACAAGGAGAUGCACUUCACAGCCGAGGCGGAGAAUAUAUUGUUAGAGCUUUGCCGACGAGCCCUGGAGAAGGACCCGCUGAGUGGCCUGGACCCCGACAGACAAUCGGAGGCCAGCGAGAUCCGGCCGGGUUACAAGACACCCGCCCACUUAAUAUCCAACCGUGCACGCUCACUAGACGAGGAGGAGACCCAAGGCACGCCCGCUCCUCCACCUGUUCCGCCCCGCCCCGCCGCCUCGCACACUCCGCUAUCCGCCGCGACAUCCUCCACGUCAAUAGCCACAGAUGCCACUUCAGGGAUUGGCGGGGCGGCAUCCCUGGGGCGCUGGGGUGAUGCGCUGGACAGGCGGAUUGAAGCAUUACUCCGCGCGUGGCACUCCACCUCCGACGUGCUGUUCUCCAUCCACCCGGUUGACGGAUCGCUGCUUGUGUGGAUCGUGGACUUCCUGGAUGACUACCCCGGGUCGUUCCGCCAAGCACAAGUGUCGUUCUCCGCCCGUAUUCCCUCCGCACUGCCCCUGGGUGAUGCCAUGACCAUGUGUCCCCGCCUAGCUUUGUACUCAGGUGGCCCCCCAGCAGCACCCGCCCUCCUGAGGCAGCUGGCCCGCAUGGAAGGGGUGCAGGAGGAUGAAAGCAAUCGAGGAAGAUCAAAGCCAAGAGCAGGUGGUGGUGAGGACAAGGACUGGGGUGGAGGGGCAGGGAGCAGCACCCCCACUACCACCACCCUCACCCCCACCUCCACCCCCUCCAUGCCCACCCCCUCCCCCAUCAUCUCCCUCAUCACCAAACACAGCAACGGGUCCCUGAAUCUGUGGCAUCUUAGUGUGGCAGAGGGCUCCAGGUACACACAGGUGCUCAACAUUUCCCACUUCACCCGUGUGUGUGGCCACCGCUUCCAGCUCAACGACAUCAAGUGUCACCCGGUCCUGCCACUACUGCUGUCCACUUCCCAUCACAACAAAAGAGAGCAAUCCCCGCCACCCUCCGCCGGCCCCCCACAGUCUGCCAUGGAUGACACACCCCUCAUCUGCAUUCAGGACUCCACAUACCGGGACUGGUGCAGCGAGCUCAUUCUGUGGAGGGUGGAUGCAGUUGGGCCACUCAGCCGGUCGGGUGGAGUGACAGAGCUUGCCAGGGUGAACUCUCCACAUGUAUCUGCCUUCUCCAAUGCUGCCUGGAUCCCCACAUUGCUGCCCAGCACCACCCUUGGCAGUGUAUCCAACUCCCCCUCGGCCUGCUUCGUGGCCUCGGACGGGGAGUGCCUGCGGGUUUACCAGGCAGUAAUAGAUGGGCGGGCACUGCUGGCCGAGAUUUCCACUAGUGAACGGAAGAAGAUGAUGCUUAUGGAGUCUAAUCUCAGCCUUUCCACGGACAGCUCUCUGCAGGAACAGGCCGGGCAGAUGAACCUGUCAGACAUCUUCACCGUCAUCUCGGAACAAUCUACCGCCCGGCCAGGUUGUAUUAUCAAGCUGGAUGACAUUGGUGAUGCAACAAACAACUGGCAACACACUCAGUUCCUCCAUGUCUUCCAGGAGGGGUUGAUCCAGGGGGAGGGCCAGAUGGAUGCUGGUAAGGCACGGCCGGCCACCCUGUUUGACCCGAGCCACGCCCCCAUGGUUGACCUGCACUCCCUGGCAAAGUUUGAGGAGCCCUUCUACAUCACCCUGCUGGAGAAGACAUCUGCUGGCUCGACAAUGCACGUGUGGCGGCUGGUGAUCGCCUCCGAGACACAGGGGCGCGACACACACUUGCUAGGGGAGGCCACUGCCAGUCCCUCCUCUGGCCACAGCACCCCCACCGCUGCUGCCCCACCUACCGGGGAGGGCCUGGCCAGCUCCCUCGAUGCCUCUCCCAUUGCCAUCACCACCACCAAGGUGUGCGAGCAAAACCUACCACUGCCUGCUGGGGUGAGCAUUCUACACGCCUCACCCGCAGCAGGUCACCUCAGUUCUGCGUCCAUCCACCCAGCCUGCUAUGCUCCUUAUGUCCUUGUCACAGCCUGCUCUGACAACACCAUCAGAUUCUGGGGCUGCAGGCUGCUUGGGGGUGCUGCAGGGGGUGUGAAGCUGACCUGGCAGGAGUGGGGGAUGGUUAGCUGUGGCGGGGAGAGUGCCAUCCGAGUGCCAGGCCUGCCUCUCCACGUGAGCGCAGCAUACAGUGGUCGUAUAGCCUGUGCCUACCAGACCCCCGGCCAGACCACGCAUAUGAGUGCCAACAGUGACGGCACCAUGGACUUCUCCUGCACCCUGGCCAUCUAUGAGUGUGAGAGUACUGGAGGUUCACAGUGGGUGCUGGAGGAUAAGUUUGACCUGCAGGAUACUGUGACCCAGCCUGGUGACUCCUGCAUCAGUGACAUCGACCUGGGAUACCUGUCCAGGAUGGCUGCCCAGGGUCGCUCCACCACCUCCAAGCUCACCUCUACCUUCAGUGCAGAGGACCUGUGCCCCUCCUCUCCACUCUUCUCCGCUGACGCCCUCAACUCUGUCAACAGCCAACUGCUCGUGCCCAGCCCCAGCACGCUACACUCCCUGCGGCACCAGCGUUUUGACAAGAGUGGGGUCAGAGUGAAACAGAAGCACCCAGUACAGAUUGCCUGGGUGUCACAGGAGGAUGGGUCACACCUGCUCACUGCUGCAAUAGGGAGUAAGGUUGUGGUGUACACCAGUGUGGCGGAGGAGGUGGCACUGCUGCCCAGAUGGAUGAGAUUAGAACGCCUCUCUCUCUCCUCUGCUGACGGUCUGGCUCCUCUGCCCAUGCAAGUGUCGUGGGUACGUGAUGGCAUCCUGGUGGUGGGCAUGGACAACGAGGUACACGUCUACACCCAGUGGCACGACGCAGGUGUGUGGCGGGUGUGGGAGUGGGAGUCCUCGCAUCACCCUAAGGGAGCGUCCGGGAUAAGUAGGGUGACGUCCUACUCUGUCCUGGCCAUCCUGGAUAGCAAGAUGAAGAAAGGUAGGACGCAGCCCCCCCUGUCUGGUAUUUUUGAAGCAGGCCACACAGCCUCCCCGAUCCUGCCCCAGUACCACCCCAGGCAGCUGAUGGAAUUACUCAACUCUGGCAAGAUUAGAAGGGUGAAGGCUAUUCUGGCACAUCUAGUAAGGUGCCUGUCACAGCUUGGCCAGCACAGCAGUGACGUACCAGCCCGCAUUAGCCUGAGUGACCAAGAGGAUGCCAGAAGUAGGGUGUGGUCACGAUCUCGCACCCUGUCAGUGUCCGGCACCCAGGCUGGCUCUAGCGGCCGGGAGGGCGGACGUGGCUCCAUCACCCUACUGGCAGAGGAACUCACCCUGGACUACAUUGAGGUCACUGCCAUCCCCCCCCCCCUGUGGCUGCUGCUGGAGGCCGACAAAGACACCCAGAACCACCACCACCACCGCCGCCAGGGUGUGGGGGAUGCUACCAAGGAGGAUACGUACGCACAGCUGUUUGGAGGGCCCAGCUUCGGAGGAGAAGAGGAGGAGGACGACCUGACGCUGGAGGAGGAGGAGGAGAUGGCCAUUGGAACAGCAGGAGGAGGAGGAGGAGGAAGAAGGAAGUCUCUAUCACAUGAAACUAAAGGCAUUGCUUUCUUCGGUCCCAGACAGGCGCAGAUCCUGGCCACCCUCCUGACCCACACGCAUCUGCCCGGCCUGUCUAGCUUGGAUCAGAUGCACUUGUUGGCCUUGGCGGACACUGUGGCCUCUUGCAAUGUGGACUUUGCCGAUCGGUUCGACAUCAAUAAAGCGAAGGAGGCGUUAGCUAAGGAGACGUUCUCUAGGACUGCUUCAGAUGAGCCUUCUAUGGAGACCCUUGACGACUGUGGGCUACGGUUCCUGCUGGCCAUGCGGCACCACACCUACCUGCUGCGGUGCCUGCCCAUUGCCCAGCGUGCCGCCCUGCAGAAGGCCGGCAUAGGCAGCCAUAACUUUGUGUGGGCCUACCAUUCUGAGAGCCAGGAAGAGCUGCUUGACUUCAUCCCCUCCAUGAGACAGGGCAACCCACGCUGGUCAGAACUAAGAGAGCUUGGGUUUGGUUGGUGGGUGAGAAACAACUCACUCCUCACACGCUGUUUCAAUAAGAUUGCCAAGGCCGCUUUCCUGACCCGCAAGGACCCGCUGGAUGCCGCGAUCUACUACCUGGCCAUGAAGAGAAAGAGUCUGGUUUGGGGUCUGUUCCGCUCCAUAAAUGACAAGAGGAUGACCGACUUUUUCUGCAAUAACUUCACAGAGGAGAGGUGGAGGAAGGCAGCUCUGAAAAAUGCCUUCGCUCUCUUGGGGAAGCAAAGAUUUGAACAUGCUGCGGCCUUCUUCCUCCUUGCUGGGGCGCUGAAGGAUGCGUUUGGAGGUGUGUGUGUGGUGCUGAACAAACUGCAAGACGAACAGCUGGCCAUUGUCAUCAUCAGGCUGUAUGAGGGAGAAUUCGAGGCUGUUCCCCCAAACCUGAGGAAGCUGUUGCACACUCGCAUCCUGGGGUAUGAGGAGGGUGCUGGGGAGGAUGCUCAACCGGACGUGAUGAAGAUGCACCCAGACCCGUUCAUCCGGUCGGUGGCCUUCUGGAUGUUAAAGGAACACAGCGGGUCACUCUCCACCCUGCUGCACACCGCUCCCACCCUGGGCAUCCACCAUCCAGAGUAUAGCGGUGCCAGGACCAGCGCCUCUACUGUUUGUGCUGGUGUGUGUGUGUGUUCUACACAGCUGACCCCCAGUGUGUUCAACUUCUACAUCUAUCUCCGCACACACCCGCUGCUCAUCCGCCAGUGCAUUGCCAACAGCGCGUAUGGUGGAGCUGGUGCACUCAUGGCCUCCAGGCUUGGCGCGGGGCAGCACACCCUAGACAAGAGGAGUGUUUAUGGGAGCACCAUGACGUCAGCAGAGAGACGUCUGUACUUCACCACAGCCCAUGCUCAUCUGAGGGGAGGCUGCCCAACUCUUGCUCUUGAAGUCUUGUCUAAACUGCCCCACAAUGUGACUGAGCUACAUGAACCAGCCACAGGGGCAGACCUCCUCGGCUCUCCCAGCAAGGAACACAAGCCAGCUGUGGGGAUGAUCUCAAGCGGCACCUUUGACCAUGGAGACUGCUGGCGGUGGGUGGCGGUGACAAGGGGACGGCUGAUGCUGGUCUCUCCUUUGACUGGGGCGCUCCUUCCUCCACUUCUGGGCGGAGGAAAGAGGAGGAGCUGGAUCUUGACUUCUCUCUUGGAGCGGAGGAGGAGGAGGAGGAGGAGGAAGAGAAGGAGGAGAGAGAAGGCUCAAGAAGAAGAGGAAGAUGUUGGCCCCAAGCAGCUGGACAUCAUGGCACAGCAACUGAAGUUCAUCUCGUGCCUGAAGAUGAUGAUGGAGGAGCUGGCAACGCUGGCCACGGGCUGUGAGGUGGAUGGCGGCCAGCUGCGCUACCAGCUGUACAUCUGGCUGGAGCGUGAGGUGGAGGCCCUGAAGGAGGUGUGCGACUACUGCAGCAGCUCCCAGAACCAGCCUGGAGCAGCGCACUACCUCUACUGCAACAUGAUGCCCGUGGGGGAGAUGUGCUGGGCAUUCAGUGAUAGAGAUGCACUGGAGCCUCUGCCAGGGGAGGAGGGGGCUGCAGGAGGCGUGGUGGGGGGUGUAGGAAGCCGCAGAACACACCCCCCGCUGGCUCCCUCCACUCCAGGACCUUCUGAGCCAUCUACACUACAUGAGAUUCUGCAACAAGAGAAGAUUGAGUUUGAGGAGAAGAUGGAAAGAGCGGCUCGAAGGAAGAGGUGGUUGCUGGCCAACCAGCAGCUCCUCCGCACACUACUCAGCUACUGCUCCCUGCACGGGUCGAGUGGGGGCGGCCUGGCUAGUGUCAGGAUGGAGCUAAUACUUCUGCUACAGGAACUACAGCAAGAGAGCAGCAAACAGCAGCUCCUCUCCCCGCUGCCAUUCCCCACGACCCUGCCUCUCCUGUCUGCCUCCAUCGCGUCCAACAAAACUGUCGUGUCGGAUCCUGUGAGGCAUCUGCAGGCGGGCACACACGACCUGCUGCAGACCCUGGUGGACAUGCAUGGGCUGGAGCGGCCCAGUGCGGGGGUGCUGUGUCAGGCUGCUGUGUUGAGGAACCUUGCUGCCGCCCUGUCUGCCUGCAUCUACCAGUCGCUGUGUGACUCGGAGACCUUCACUGUCAAGACGCAGCACAGAGUGGCAGCACUGGGUGUGGACAUCCAGCACCUGAGUGUAGCACACCGGGAGAGUCACCUGGUGGGGCGGGAGACGCGUGGUGCGGCGUCUGGCGAGGAGGAGACCCUGGCCGUGUGCACCCCUCCCGCCAAGUGGCCUGGAGUCACAUCCCUGCUGGCGCUUCUGGCAAGAGAACGAGACGAGGACACCCCAAAAUUAAGCCUCUUGCUGUGUGAGGCGUUUGUGGCAGUGUACCUGAGUCUCCUGGUGCACGGCCUGGCUGCCAGUGACGCCUACGUGCUGUACAGGCUGGUAGCGCGGCCCAUCAGUGACCGGGAUUGGGCUACGCUGUUCGGGGAGGUGUUAAGAAGCAGCUCAAGGUUAACACAGAGCUCGCUGGAGAAGGAGGGCACGGCAGCAGCGGCGGCGGCAGUGGCAGCGGUUGGGGGCGAGCGGCUUCUGUCUACCAUUUCCAAGACUCGGAUGAAGAUAAACAUGAAACUUCUAGGCCAGUUGGGUUUCCAAGACCCCCGGGGUGCCGCGGCUGAGGGGGAGGGCAAGACGGCAUACAGAGAACAAUUCCUUCCGCCAGAGAUGUCCAUUGUGUCACUGCUCAUGAAGAAGCCCACCCUGCCCACAGAGAUGGAGGGCAUCGACUACGACUCCUCCGGCAGCGACGACGAGGAGGAGGACCUGGAGAUGGAGGAGGACGACGACGUGUUCAAGGAGCCCAAGGUGGUAGCAGAGAACAGGGAGCACUGUGACCCUGACUCCUACUCCUGGUGUCUGCUGCGUCUGGCCACGGUGCGCGCUGCCCGCCAGGUGGUGCUGUCCUUCCUGGAGGUGGCUGGCGUGGAGAUGAUGGAGUUGCCGAUGCAGAGUCCAUUGCUACAUUCCAUCCUGCGUGCCGUGGACCAGUGGAUAGACAGCCUGGUGCAGCACAUCGAGGGCAAGAGAGGACCCCCACCAGAAUACAUCCCAGGCUGCUUUGCCGAGACACAGGGUGGUGGGGGCCCGGCCAUCUUGAAAUAUCGUGCCCUGCUGGAGACACACAACACUCCCUUUGCGCACCAGAAGAGGGGAGUGAAGGCAGUGGAGAGAUUAUGGCAUUUCUUAGUUAGGCAAGAAAACGUCCAAGAUGUGUUUGUAAGGUAUAUAUUUGGCCGGAAGAGACCCAUCCAAGACCCUCCGACCAUCCAGUCCGACCAUGCUACCACAGAUGACGCAGUUAGUGAUCUCUGUGAUGGGCUGGAUGGGUCUGGCACGGCUGACGGGGGGUCCGAGGGGGGCGGGGAGAGUCACCAGGACCACUCAGAGGGAGGGGGCACCACGUCGGACGGGGCUGCUACCACCCCUGCCCCUCCCCCCGCACCCCCCACCCUGGAGCCUGUGCGGAUCAUACAUAAAGAUCAGGAUUCCAUCACCGCGUUCUGCAUCAACAAGGUGAACCCCGGCUUGGUGUCAGUGGCCACAGUAAAGGAGGUGCAGGAGUUGGACAUAUCUUUAUUACUGGAACAUCCCUCCUGGCUGACCAACGAGUGUGAACUGGAUGUGCUGGCCCUGAACAAAGAACCAGAUUCUGUGCCUUCCUCCAACUUCCUGGUGAUUCAGACACCCCAUGGACAAGACCAUCCUGGAACCUUCCAAGACAGUCCAGGUCUCGACGGCAACCUCUCCUCCUCCUCCAGCAUCAAUUUCUCCGGCAUGGGGGGGCCAGCGAUGGGGCAGACAGGAAGGGGAACUAAUGUGCUUAAGGAACUGAAAGGCAUCCCAGGAGCGUCCAAUCCUCGUUUCUGUCGCUUUGUGUGGGAGAGAAGCAGACAUUACCUCCGGCCGCUGCUGAGUCAUCGCGUGGAGGGCACCAGGAGAAUGACAUCACACCCUGUACUGCCGCUGUACUUGGUGGGGUGCCAGGACGGGUCAGUAGUUGUGCGGGAGUGGCACCAUCACACUGCCGUAGCGCGUCCCAGGCCUGGUGGCACGUUUGCUAAGGUGGCCAGGGUGAGGUUCAACCAGCAGGGCAGCAAGUUCGGAGUGGUGGAUGGCGAUGGAAACCUGUCCCUCUACCAGCUUGGCCUGUCAUCCUCCGUCAGCAAGCCCUUCUACAGCCACCAGUGUCACAGCAAGCACGGCAGCGACUUUGUGUUCCUUGGUUCGUCUUCGCUCCUCGCCACAGCCGGCCAGAGCUCGGAGCACAAGAAUGUAGCUUUGUGGGACACCCUGCUGCCACAACGCAAGGCUAAUGUUGUCUCCUGGUUGUGUCAUGAGAGUGGUGCCUCCUCCCUGCUGUAUGCUCCCCACCACCAGCUGCUCCUCUCUGCCGGUAAGAAGGGAGCUGUCUGCAUCUUCGACAUUAGACAACGCACUCUUCGUCACAGGUUCCAGGCACAUGACUCAGCAAUCAAAUGCAUGGCUCUCGACCACAGCGAGGAAUUCUUCUGUACUGGAUCAGCUGACGGUGACAUUAAGGUCUGGGGUCUAGGAGUGCACAAUUUAAUCUACAACCUGAGUGGGGAACAUUCAAAGUCUACCCUCUUCAAAAACUUAAGCCAGGGAGUCACACAGCUCUACCUGGACAGCUCAAACCGCCUCUUCUCUUGUGGCGCUGAUGGGUCCAUUAAACUGAGACAGCUGCCGGAGAGGGAUCUGAGCGCCACACACCUGUAGUAGGGUGUGGCGGGCAUGUGCAGUUACACCCACUACCACCACCACCACCACCACCACCACCACCUACUACUACUACUACUACUACUACUACUACUACUACUACUACUACUACUACUACUACUACUACUACUACUACUGAGGAAGACAAUGCAGCUAUAGAUAAGUGUUUAUAGAUGUAAAAAUGUUAUGUUAUUAAUUUAUAAAGGCUUAAGUUGAAAAAGAGAUAGAAAAAGGAGAAAAUGCAGAAAAAGUAAUAUAUAUAGGAAGAUUUGGAAUAGAGAAGGAAAAUAAAUAACAAAAAUGCAUAAUAGGAAAUGAAAAAAGGGAAGAAAAGAGAAAAAGAAGAGAAAAGAAAAAAAAUUAGAUUGAGGGUGUGUUUGUGUUUAGAGAGAAUAAAUAACAAAAAAUAUGAAAAAAAAUAUAUAUAUAAAAAUUAGAAAGGUGUGGAUUAGCAAUAAAUAUGUGUUGAAUUAAAUUAUAAAUGUUUGCAAAUAUGAAAAGGAAGAAAAGAAAGAAAAGAAAAUAUAUGAAAAAAAAGAAAGAUACAUAGAAGAGUAUUAUAUAGAAAUAGAUACAUAUAUGGGUAGGGAAAAUUGAAAUAAAAAAUGUUUAAUAAUAUAUGAAGAAAAAAAAUACUGGAAUAUAUUUGUGGGGAAUUCUUGCAAUGUUAAACUGGAAUGAAGAAUUUAUCAUGAGUGGGAAUUGUGAUGUUAAACUGAAAUUAAGAGUUUUCAAGAGUUGGGGAGAAAUUUAUAAUGCUAAACUGGAAUUAAGAGUUUUUGAGUUUUUUUUUGUAUUUUAUUUAUUUAUUUAUUUAUUUAUUUAUUUAUUUAUUUAUUUAUUUUCAUUAUUUUUUUGUGAUGCCGAACUGUGAUUACGAGUUUUGAAGGGUGUUUUUCUGGGGGCAUUGUGAUGUUAAACUUGAAUUCUGUAAGAGGUUUUUUCAAGAUUGUUUGUGUGAAUUAUUGCAGUGUUAAGCUGAGAUUCUAUAAACCACAAUGAAGAAGAAAAAAUAAAUAAAUUAAUAAAACAAAAAGAAAAGGAAAGAAAACGUAUGAAAAUGGGUUCUUGAUGUUUGUGAUCUUUGAAAAUAGUGAUGGGAGAAAAAAAAUAAAAUAAAAUAAGAGGAAAUAGAGUAAAUACAUUAUAAAUAUCACAAUUAUAUUACACUAGAGAUUAUAAUAGCGAAUUUUAAAAAAAGCCAAAACAUUAAACUAAACCUUUAAUUUGACUAGAACGAUAUGAUGUAACAGUAAAUUAAGUAAAAAUAUCCCAAUUCUAGAACGUAGCAUUAGAGGGGUACAAAAACCAAUAGAGAGCUAAUCAAUUAAAAAUACCUAAAACAAAUUGAAGCAGGUUCCUUGAGAUUACAUUAAAUUAGAAAACUAUAAGGUGAAAUAGGAAAUCACUUCGUCGUUUUUAUUGUUUAUUGGAUAUAUUGUAAGGUAAAAGAAAUGUAUGUAUGGUAGAAUUAAGAAGGUGUACGUAUAUGUAUUAAAUGUAGAUGUUUUAAUAAUGGAUUUGAUUUAGGCUCGUAUGCAUAAUAGUAAUAAUUGGUGUAUAUAAUGUUAGUCAGAGCCGUUUUAAUAAUGGGUUUAAUUUAGGCACGUAUUCAUAAUAAUAAUAAUAAUAAUAAUAAUAGUAAUAAUAAUAAUCAUGUAUAGUAAGAGCAAUUGAAUUUUAACUAUUAUUUAACUAUUACAAUCAUUACAUAAUCAACCUUGCAUUUAAUUUAUUCUAUUUUUCGUGUAUCUCCUUCGCUUUUGAUGUAUAGAAAUAUAUAGAUAGAGAGAGAGACAGAUAAUAUAUAGAUACUAAUAUAUUCAACGUAACAAUAUACAGAUAAUAUAUAUAUAAAUCCAAAGCCACGUUAUGUAUCAUAGUCCAUAUAAAGGUACUGGGCGUGAUUGGGUGAAGUUGUUGAUAUAAAUAUGUAAGAAAUGUACAGUGAUAAUUAGCGAUGUGUGUUACUUGAGAUGGGUGACUGAAAUGUUUGUAAAGUAUGCACUUAUAGUUAGGCUAGCUUGUAGAUGUAAUGUAAGGAUAUUAUUACGACUACUAUUAUUACUGGCCAGAUAAUGGCGUAAGGUGCACAGAAUCCAAAUAAAUAGAUAGGCUUACUACUACUACUACUACUACUAUUAUUAUUAUUAUUAUUAUUAUUUUAUUAUUAUUAUUAUUAUUAUUAUUAUAGAUGUAUAGAUAAUGAAUUAAUAGGGUUUUUACAGUAUUAUUCCUUUGUGUACGUAUAACUACCACUACUACUACUAUUACUACUACUACUACUACUACUACUACUAUGAACAUUCCAGGAGUUAUGGAGAUUACUGUUGUUGUAGUUGUUGUUGUUGUUGGGAAAAAUAAAGUUGUGAUGUGUC